UCCGUGUUUCCCUGUAGGCGAGACGCUGCUGGAGGAGGAUCCAGAGCUCCAACCAGGAUGGGAUACUGAGAGCACCUGGAUGCUUGCUUCUCUUGACAGCAGAGACCUGACAAUGGUAAUGAGCUCCCCCCUCGCAGGGACCCUUGUCUGUGGCAUCGGCUUGUGCAGCAAAGGGACCCAGGGAUGGUUGAGCUCAUCAGCCGUGCAGCACCGUCGGCAUGCUCAGAGUGACACGUCUUCCCACCAUCCCUCCUCCCGUAGGUGUUUGGCGAAUACCUCCAGCCUUCUCAGAGGAUGGACGUUCUCCUUGUGGCCAUCGCGGCCUUGACGUCAGACGACAUCCAGGACAGGCAGAUGGGCAGAGAUGUCGUGGACAUGGCCGUGAGAGACCCCGCGUCCUGGCUGACGGAUGUGCCAGAAAUCCUGAGAUACAUCCACAAAACCGUGGAGCACAUCCGCACGGAGCCAGCCCGGAACAGCCUGGACUCGCUGCUGCUGCUGCUGACCAGGUGGAGCCCCAGGGAGAUGGUCAGAAGCCUUCUGAGGAUCUCUCCAACGUGUGACAGCGCUGCCAUGGCCAUGUGGGAGGUGAUGAUCUCCACGCCCUGGGAUCUGUGGAGCAUCUUGUCAGAGCUGGUCAGCGUGCUGCGGGACUGGCGGCUGCGCAGGGUGUUCAGCUCUGCCGCGGAGGACGCCUGCAUCUACCCCUUGGCUCUCCUGGUCUGCGCUGACAUUGAUGCAGAGGAGUUUGCUGCCCUCUACAAAUCCCAGCGGUACCUGAGGCAUCCCAGCCCAGCGAUGCUGUCGCUGGUGCUCACGGGCCUUGUCACUCUCUCAGAAACACCUGGAACGGCCAGAAAACUGCCAGUGCUGCUGCCGGACAUACUGGAGACCCUGACGGGUGCCAACGCUGAUGUCAAGAGCAAGGCUCUGGUGGUGUUUAUCAACGUGCUGGGUCACAUGAAGAGGGAAGAAGCCAACCUCAUCUCCCUGAGGCUGCCGACCAUCCGCAGGCCCCAGAUGGCGGUUCCACCUCCGCCGCCGCCAGGCAGAAACGCGCGCUGUGACCCGCGUUCGCCCGGGUCUGUGUCUAACUUCCGGCCCAACCGGCGCGGGUGGGGGAGGGGCAACGGCAACGUGCUCUCCAAUCCCAGCAAGGCUUAA